CAAACUACAGACGCAUUAAACUAAUUCAAAGAAACAUUUACAAGAGCUGUUAUGUUAAUACACUGAUCGAAGCUAAUAAUAGGUCGUCCAGGAAGUUGGCAAUAAAGGGAAACGUUUCGUCGCCAAAUUUGAAAUCUUUAAAGUAACAUGCCACCUAAAAAGGCAGCAGCAGCUGGGGGAAAGUCAGGAAAAGGAGCUGCUGGGGGAGAUGAAGAUAAAGGGAAAGAGAAAAAAGCAGGAACAGGAAGUACAAUUAAGGUUAGACACAUUCUGUGUGAAAAGCAAUCCAAAAUACUAGAGGCACUGGAAAAGCUAAAGGCUGGCAUGAAAUUCAAUGAAGUAGCUGCCACAUACAGUGAAGAUAAAGCCAGAUCAGGAGGAGAUCUUGGUUGGAUGGUGAGGGGGUCCAUGGUUGGCCCAUUUCAGGAUGCUGCCUUCUCCUUACCAAUUUCAUCAUUAGGCAAUCCUAUUUAUACAGACCCACCUGUUAAAACAAAGUUUGGCUAUCACAUCAUUAUGGUAGAAGGAAAGAAAUGACAUAAGUGUCUGUUAUCUGAUGAUUUUGAUCAUUAUUACAUUGGGAUU